GUGCCGCCCCGCCGCUUCCCUCCCGUCCGCCGGGCUGCCGGAGCGCCGUGGAGCCGCCCGCCGCCAUGUCCAACAUGGAGAAACAUCUGUUUAAUUUGAAGUUUGCUGCAAAGGAACUCAACAGGAACUCAAAAAAAUGCGACAAAGAAGAAAAGGCUGAGAAAGCUAAAAUUAAAAAGGCAAUUCAGAAGGGUAACAUGGAAGUCGCACGGAUACAUGCAGAAAAUGCUAUCCGACAGAAGAAUCAAGCCAUCAAUUUCUUGCGCAUGAGUGCCAGGGUAGAUGCUGUAGCAGCAAGAGUUCAGACUGCAGUGACAAUGGGCAAGGUAACAAAGUCAAUGGCAGGGGUAGUUAAGUCUAUGGAUGCCACACUGAAGAGCAUGAACUUGGAAAAGAUAUCUGCACUAAUGGAUAAAUUUGAGCAUCAAUUUGAAACACUAGAUGUUCAGACACAACAGAUGGAAGACACAAUGAGCAACACUACUACACUAACAACGCCACAGAACCAAGUCGAUAUGCUUCUACAGGAAAUGGCAGAUGAAGCAGGUCUUGAUCUGAACAUGGAACUACCUCAAGGACAGACAGGUUCUGUUGGUACAAGCGUUGCCUCAGCAGAACAGGAUGAGCUGUCACAGAGACUGGCCCGCCUACGUGAUCAAGUUUAAGUCAAACAAAGCUGCAGUUCUUUGUAUAUGCUUUCAAAACACCCUUUCUGUAGCUGUUCUUUCACUACACAAAAGAGGUGUAUACAGUAUGGCUUAGAUAUUUGAAUACUUGUAAUAUAGGGUUCUUCACUCCUAGCUUGCUACUGUUUCUAAAAUUCAUUAAGUAACCCAAAUAUAUCAGCUCUUUAAUGUCCUUUCCUGUACAUUUUGAAGUUGAUAUAUUUUUGCAAGCUUUUUUCACAAAAGCAAGUUGAUGUUUUAAGCCAGCUGGUAUUGUUGGUACAUUUUAGCUAAAGGAAAAGCAGGGUGUCAUUGAUAAAUAUUCUAAAUUAUGAAGUGAUUUUUUAUUUUUUUUUUAAUUAUGAGAACUGCUUAUGGUUGGAGAACUGAUGUAUUCAAUUCAGAUGAUAGUUGUUGUUAACUUUCUUACACAGCCAAACUCCUGGAACAUGCAAAGGUGGACAGUGUGGAGUUCAUGGAAAAUAUGCUUGUUAAAUCAAAUACUUUGAGGUUUUUAGUUAUUUAAAGCUAGGGUAAUUGUGCUGAAAUUAAUGGUUUAGUUAAAAAAUUAAUUAUAAAAGCUGUUUUCAUAUAAUUGGGAACUUGUACAGUGUCAUCACUUCAGUACAGGAGGAAUAAAAUAUAUUUUUCAA